AUGUCAGCUCGUUCGAUCUUUUCCUCCUUGGCACGACAACAACCUGCCAUUGCAGCCAUUGCACAGCAAUCCAUUCGACGUGAACAAUGUCGACUAUUCCGUACUUCAGUCAUGGCGUUGACGGCACAGCAACAACAACAACAGCAAUCGGUUGCCAACGAUGCCGAAAAAGUGACAAGAAAGUUUGUUGAUCAUGUGCGCAAGAAUCGUAACUUCAACAAGAGGGAACCUACACGCUUUAUUCAGAUCGACUCGUUACCCAUGACAGCUACGUCUGAGGAUAUCCGCAAGCUUGCACGGGAAGCAUUGCCAGAUGGUGACAAGGCUAUACAAGAGUUGUUGUUUGUUCGGGACGACUACUUUGAAUUUGAUGGACGAUGUAUGCUCGAGAUGAAGACUGCUGAGGAUGCCCAACGAGUGAUCGAAUACGGUAAUCGACGAAUGAUUGGUGGUAAUGUGCUUCGGUUGUCACAUAUUGACAAGUUGUCGGACAAGAUGCGUCGCAAUGAGUUGAACAGCGUUGGAGAUGUUGAGAGUGCAGCAGGACGAUCGGUGAUGGUGGUUGGUUUCCCUACACCUACCAAGCCAGAGCAUUUGUUGGGCUACCUGCGAUCGAGAAAUUUUUAUCCUGCCGAGGGUUCCUUGGACAAUGUCAUCAAAUUGAAAACACGAAACCAGGCAACCGUUUCCAAGUUCUUGGUCAAAUUUGAUUCUGAAUCCGAGGCAUGGCGAGCUGUGAGGAUGUUCCAUAAUACCGACUUCUUUUCUCGCAAGCGUAAUGAGAAUUACAAGCUUCAAGUAUCUGUUGUAUAUUAG